AUGAUGGACAGCUUAAAUACUCAGCAACCGACCAGGUCAUCCUCUUCCACCCCGCAGACACACCUCAAUGGACGUCAAUGCUACUCCAGCGCGGGAAAGGCUCUGGGCGGAAGCUCGGCUACGAACUACGGUGCGUGGACCCGUGGAAACGCAGCCGACUACGAUCUCUGGGCAAAGUUAGUCGGCGAUCCCGGCCGGAGCCAUGCGGGCCUUUUGCCUUAUUUUAGGAAAACAGAGACGCACUUCGAUCCGACGGCGGAUCCGUUCCUCUGA